CAUGUUUUGCACUUGAGAUGUAGAGAAGGACUUUAAUUUGAGAUGCAAUAAAAAUAUCCUAUACCUGUUUUUGACGUAAAUGACUUGUGUUUCAAACAGAGAUUGAAGGAAACUAACUUUGCUUGGUAUGGCUUGUGUUGAAAACCAUGCUGAAUAAUAUACAGACAAUUUAUCUCAAGCAUUGUGAUCGUUCAGAUAUAUACUGCCAGCAAAUUAUAGGCACUCCAGAUAAAGAUCUGUGUGUACUAAAAUGUUAUUACAAUCAGUGUUUAGAGCUUUAAUCAUUGGCCUAUUCAGUGGAUUAAUGUUUACUUUAUAUUUAACCACCAAUACAAGACCGUUCAACACAUUCUUUACAACAAAGUCAGUCAAUGGCACAGAAACGACUUUAUUUAACCAUCGAUCAAGUGGUAUUGUAAACGAACAAAGUCACAGAAAUGCACACGGAAGUGAAUACACGCAAAAAGACGAUGACUCAAUAUCUCUGAAACUAGUUAAUGACGUCCGUGUCCUAAUUUGGGUGAUGACCUCACCGAGCCACUUACCUGUCCAGGCUAAGGCUGUGAAAGAAACCUGGGCACGUCACGGUCACGUGCUCUUCUUCAGUUCUGUUGACAACAAGACAUUCCCAACCAUCGGCCUCAAUGUCUCAGAAGGAAGAGAACAUCUGAUGGCAAAGACGUCAAAAGGUUUCAGAUAUGUUUAUGAGAACCAUUUUAAUGACGCUGAUUGGUUUAUGAAGGCAGACGAUGACAUUUACUUGAUCGUCGAAAACUUAAAAUACUUUCUCUCUGGUGAAAACUACAGCGAGCCGGUGUAUUUUGGUCAGUUGUUUUCCAUUUGGAGAAAACCGGAACUUACGCAAGGAUAUCAAGGCGGUGGAGCUGGGUAUGUUCUAAGCAAGGAGGCGCUGAGAAGGUUUGGGGAAGGAGCCAGGCAAGCUAACUGUGCUGAGGACAGCGGUGGAGAGGAUAUUCGUAUGGCCAUAUGUAUGCAAAGACUGGGUGUGAGGGCUGGCAGGAGUCAUGACGCUCUAGGCAACAGCCGGUUCCACCAGGAAUCUCCUGUGGUCCACAUCAACGGGAUGUAUAAAGGGUGGUAUUAUAACAGAUCAAUGGAGGCCAUUAAACAGGGUGUGGACGGCCUCAGUGACUACACCGUGAGCUUUCAUCACGUGACUCCCGCAGACAUGUGCGUGCUGGAGUUUUUCGUCUAUCACCUGAGGCCCUAUGGGAUACCAAUACAGCUCCAGAAGUUAAACAAUAGAAGUUUCCACGUUACAUCAAAAAGAUAAGAUUCAUCAACAGAAAGCCAACGAAAUUACUAUCUCCAAGCUAAAGCAAGAAAAAAAUAAUCUUGUGACGUAAACACCAAAAGAACAAUCUAACAUAGAUGACUGUAUACUCUGCAUGUUCAAACUCCUCUAAAUCGCUGUACUUUCAUAAUGCGAAGAUGGCUUUGUACAACGCACAUCAAUAAUUUAAAUGAUAAUGUAAUACAGUGAAUUUAUUAUGUCAUUCGUUCUAAAAGACACUCCAAACAAUUUGUGUCCUAAAAUCAAUACAAAUUUAUUUGUUACACUGUAUUACUUCAACCAAAUUUAAUACAUUGCUAUGUCAAUCUUACUAAAAUAUCCUUAAUAUUACUUUUAUAUUUAUCUUUCGUUUAGUAUUUUUGCAAAAAAUAUAUGUAAAAAAAUAAAAUAA